GGCAGCAAUGGAUCAGGUCUACAGUGUAGUUCCAGUGUAAGAUAUAUUUAUUAGAGUCCGGAGGUUGAGAAAGUACCAAAAGUUCAAAGCCACAGUCCCAGCAGAUGAGUCUACACUAAAUAGUGUAGUUACCAUUAAUUUCUUCCAAUAUCAUCCUUGUGAGAACUUCAGGCAGGUCCUGCUGACAGACCCUGGCUUGGCUAGAGGACCUGCAGCCUUCCGUCCCUGUUGCCCCCUCAGAGCCUCCUGCUGCUCCUGGCUCCCCGUGGGUCUCUGCUAUGGUGCCCCGUGGGCCUUAAGCACGUUCUCUGCAGCUGGUGCAGUGGUCAUCUUGAGUAACAACAUUCACAGCUUCUAAAACAAACGUCACUUAAAUUGAGAGCCAGUGAGGGUUUUUCACACAGUGGUGCUUAAUACCAGCACAUCCAGCAAAUCAUGAAGACUAAAACCAAAGGAAAGAAGCAAAGGCAAACUGUUGACAAAGAAGCAUUUUCUGAGGAGUCAGCCAUGAGAAAAAAAGAACUGGCAAAAUGUUUGCGACGCAGAGAAAGGAGGAAUGGGGGAAACAAGGAGAGCAGUAAGAUCACUGCAGCCAGAGCCAAGCGCCCUUGGAGCACCAAGGACAGGCACCUGAGGAGGCUGGAAAGCAACGAGAGGGAGAGACAGAGAAUGCACAAGCUCAACAACGCGUUCCAGGCCCUGCGGGAGGUGAUCCCUCACGUGAGGGCUGAGAACAAACUGUCCAAAAUAGAGACUCUCACACUGGCCAAAAACUACAUUAAGUCCUUGACCUCCAUUAUACUCAAUAUGUCCAAUGGACACUUUCCAGCAGCAGAAGGGAUGGGGGGAACCUGGGGGUCCAAAUUGUACCAACAUUAUCAACAGCAGCAUGGGGAGGGUGACCAUGAGGAACAUCUACAGAAAUGUGCCACGUAGAUUCAUAGCUUCAGCCAGAGCACCCACAGUUAGCUGCUGCCAUCAUUAUUUUUCCUUCUUACAUCAUAAUACAUGUCAGUAAUUGGAGCUUUUAAGAGACUGUUUUUGCCUCCAGCUCUCCCCUCUUUUUUUUUUUUUUUAAAGACAAACAGGCAACACUCAUGGCUCUAGUUUAUAUGGCACAUUAAAAAGCUACCUUAAACUAUAAGAAUUUUUCAGAGCAUAAUGAAUGUAUUGUGGGUUUGCCAGAGCUUGGAAACCUAUCCUGUAACACUGGAGUUGACUUGAAUAUAAGGAUUUAGUAACUUUUGAAAGUCACCCUCCUUGGGAAGGUUGUGAGUUGAGCUUUUAAGGUCUGUGUCACCUGAGUUCUUUGGAGCUUGGGGAAUUGUGGCUGUAGCUCUGUUCCCCAGCCUUGCAGUGCCUGUUGUGAUCUCCCAGGCCACAGAGGAAAAUAAAAUUGAUGACUGAAGUGACGGGAUGGGAAAUCAGUCACUAAAUCUGAAUAUUUAUCUUAAUAUUUAUCUUUUAUGGAUCUGCUCUGAUAAUUUUGAACCUUGCAAGGGAUAAGAACUUCUAAAAUACUUGUUGAUGCAAACAUCUGCAAAGCUUUCUUAGGCUGUAAGCUCUCUAGAGUAAGGGCAGUUCUGGUCUGUGUUUCCAGACCAUCCUUUAGUUGGUGUCUGGGUAUCAUUGCAAUACAAAUAAUAAAUAAGGGACAAAUGACUUAUUUUUGCCAAAACAAUGAUAAAAAUGCUUUAGUAUAGUCUUAAGUUAGACAUGAUUUAGCCAAUUUAAAUUAUUUGCUAAUGAAGCCUGUGAUGUGAUCAUGUUCUUUAUGGGUUAAUAUUAGAUUCUGGUACUAUAAAACAAUAAAUGCAGAAACUCUUCAAAAAGGAAAA